AAGGACACUCGCUGAAAGCCUAGUCACAUGUGUUGUAGUGUUAGGUUCACCUGGGCUAUAUUUAGAGCUGCGUGACGAGACUGAGGAAAGAAGGCCAGGAGGGAAAGGGUCCAAAAUGGACUGUGUGUUGUUGGGGGAGAGGGGGGACAGGGUCGAUAAGCAGUGUAUGUUGGGAGACAAAGGCGGUCAGGACAUGCACGGGUCAGCAAAAAGCAGAGACAUGGCAGAGACCGGAGUUGGGAGUGAGGUGCAGCACAAGACAGAAGAAGUCAAGCUGGUAGAGAACAAAGACCACUGUGGGACAUGUGUGCACCACGCACCCAAGGGAAAUGGAACAAUGGCCGUCCCUCCUUCAUACGCCGACUUGGGGAAAUCUGCCAAAGACAUCCUCAACAAGGGCUUUGGAUAUGGAAUUCUGAAGCUGGAUGUUAAGACCAAGUCCCAGAGUGGUGUUGAAUUUGCCACCUCUGGCUCCAACAACACCGACACAGGGAAGUCAGGAGGCCACCUGGAGACCAAGUACAAAGUGAGCGACCUGGGCCUCAACUUCAACCAGAAAUGGAACACAGACAACACUCUGACCACAGAAAUCACCAUGGAGGACCAGCUGGCUAAGGGCUUGAAGCUCGGUCUGGACGCGUCAUUUGUGCCCAACACCGGCAAGAAGAGUGCCAAACUGAAGACCGGCUACAAGCGUGACUUUGUAAACGUUGGCUGCGACCUGGACUUCGACAUGGCCGGUCCCACCGUCCACGCUGCUGCUGUGCUGGGCUUUGAGGGCUGGCUGGCGGGUUACCAGUUGGCCUUUGACACAGCCAAAUCUAACCUGACCCAGAACAACUUUGCUCUCGGAUACAAGGCCGGGGACUUCCAGCUUCACACCAGCGUUAAUGACGGCACAGAAUUCGGUGGCUCCAUCUACCAAAAGGUGAACAGCAACUUGGAGACGGCUGUACAACUGGCCUGGACAGCUGGCAGCAACAACACACGCUUUGGAAUUGGAGCCAAAUACCAGCUGGAUAAGGAUACCUCCCUGUCUGCCAAAGUUAACAACGCCUGCCUUGUUGGAGUUGGAUACACACAAAACCUCAGGCCAGGAGUGAAGCUCACCCUCUCAGGUCUGAUUGAUGGGAAGAACGUGAACGGAGGUGGCCACAAAAUCGGCUUGGGUUUCGAGCUGGAGGCAUAAAGAGACAGCAGGAGGACAGACAAAAAGAGAGGAAAACAACACAAGAAAAGAAUAAAGAGCCCAAAAGUGAAACCAGCGAAAGGUCCAACCAGCAACUUGUAAACACAUCUUCCCACUGAGUCCUACACACUUAUGCACACAGAAACACGCAUUUGUUGGCCUUAUCCCAGAGUAGCCUCCAAGACCUCCAGUACUGUUGUUUAUAAAGAAUCAAGCAUUGUUUUGUGUUGAUUACUAGAUUAUUACACCCUUUACAGCUCCCACAACCAACCUUUGAGCAUAACUUAUCAAAAUACAUCAGAAGGACAAACAGAAAUGAAUGUGAACGCCCCAUUCUCUAAAUAAUUGUCUGAUUAUUACCAAACAAAGUGCACUAUUAAUAGAGCAUUUGCGUCUUAAACGUAUCCUUUUCUUUCUGAAAUAACAUUUGAAGCACUUUCUUAUUUUGACUCAGCUUGUUUUAGCCUGAUUUAGACCAUUAAUACGUUUAUUAGAUGAUGCUUGUUUUGGUAUAUUUUGGUUAUUUGCAUGCUUUCAAGGCUGAGGAGAAGUUUUUUUGUCUUUUCAUUGUCACGUUGACAAAGUACGGUGACUGUAAACGGAUGCAAUAAAAGCUGGAGAGAAAAUGCAGGAAAUACAACAUAGUAGCAGAUCCUCAGAGUGAGUGGACUGACUUAUUCCACCAAUUGACCUCAGUAACACAGUUUUAAACUGCGAACCUUCAGUUGCCUAAAUAUCUAUUUUCAGGUUCUGUUUGGUAAAAAGGCCAACAGAAAUGUGAGACUCUUUUUAUCCUGUCUCGUUUUGUGUCCUGUACCUACGAAACCCUUACCACGACAUUUCAUUGUGCUGUGCUUUGUAUAGGAGAGUUAGUCAACAGUUAGGACCUCAAACUGAUUUUAUUGAAUUAAUGGAAUAAACAAUGUUAAACACUA